GGUCGACUUCCGUGCACGUUUGUUUGAGGAACCCAAUUCGCUCCACUCAUUAAUUCUUCCCGAAUUAGUUGCGAGCGGCUCGAAACCGUUCGCCCAUCACUACUUUCAAGAAAUAAAACGUAAUUGAACUCUUCGUGUGCGGAUAAACUCGUCUUGGUGCUGCACGUGGACGCUUCUCGGCCUAGUUAGCUUAGCUUAGCUCAGCUCAGUUUAGCUCGCUAGCCGCUAACGAAGAGAGGCGCGCGUUUGUCAGCAACGCAUCGCAAAUUCGAGAUCGCCUGUGAAGGUGUUGUGAUUAUCGUGUGAAACAAUGUGUGCGAGAACGACGGCAAAGUCCGAGAAGGAACUUUGUGGAACGAAAGAGGAGGACGAGCCACGACGUCAACUUGUGGACGCUGUUCGCAUGCAGCCUCGUGUUGUGUUACACACAGCAGGCGUCAUUGACGAUCUUCGUCCUGAGUGGCAGGAGCCGGAGCCCCCUCACAUGAAAGAGAAAGAUGAAGGGUCCUCCCAAAUUAAAGAGGAAGAGGAGGACAAAGAGGUCCAUCACAUGAAAUGCAAAGAGGAGCCGCAGUCUCCCGACAUGAAAAAAGAGGUGGAUGAGAACCGCUGCAUCAAGGAGGAGGAGGAGGAGGAGGAGGAGGAGGAUAUCACCAAGUUGCCAUCGACUUGUGUCCCUUUGAAGAGUGAAGAUGAAGAUGAAAGUCAAAGUGAGGAGAGCAGAGGGGCAGAGCCUCCACGCAGCAGUUCCAGUUCAAUUCAACGCAUGAGAACAGAAGGUGAUGGAGACCACUAUGGAGGAUCACAAACAGACGGCCUUUUAGCUCCACUAUCAGGUAGUGACGACCUAACGUCACACUCUCCUCACACUGAUGUUGAUGAGGAUGAUGAAGAGUCCAUAUUUGAUGGUGAUGUGACAUGUUGUACUGACAGCAAACAAUGGAAAUGUUCUCAAUGUGGGAAAAGUUUGGCUUCUGAGAGCCGUUUGAAACAACACUUGAGAAUACACAAGGGAGAGAAACCUUUCGGCUGCUCAGUUUGUGGCCGAAGAUUCUCUAAAAAGGGAAACCUAUUAAGACACACAAAAACACACACUGGUGCGAAACCGUUUACCUGCUCAGUUUGUCAUCGAAGAUUCAUUGAUAAGGGAGAUUUAAGACGACACACAAGGACACACACUGGAGAAAAACCUUUUUCUUGCUCAGUUUGUGGUCAAAGAUUCUCUCGUAAGGCAAACUUAAGAUCUCACACAAGAACGCACACUGGUGAAAAACCCUUUGAAUGCUCUUUUUGUGCUCAAAGAUUCUCUGAUAAGGGAACCCUAAAAACACACACAAGAACGCACACUGGAGAGAAGCCUUUUGCCUGCUCAGUUUGUGGUCAAAGAUUUUCUCUGAAGGGAAGCUUACAAAGACACACAAGAACGCACACUGGAGAGAAGCUUCUCUCCUUUUUAUCACCCACAACCUAUCUCUUGGCAAUCAUUUCCUCAAAUUCAACUUAGAAUUACACGGAUAGGGAUGAGUACCAAAAUCUGUGCUUUUUUUGGGGGAGUAGCGAUUCUUGUCAAAUCAAUUGCUACUAUAAUUAGGUACCACAGCACGCCCUUUGCAGCGGGAGUGGAAGAGUUAGCCAAUUUCCAUGACGCACAAGAGUAUAAUGAUAUCCUCGCGACAAACAACCAUGUGGAUCGAAUGUGCUCAAAAAUAUGGUGGAAAGGUGGAGGGGUCCUGCUUGAAAAGGAUGGGAAAAGUUACAUCUCCGCCACAAGUAACGGAGUGGUGGAGUUGUGCUCGUGGGUCAGGCACAUACCACAAUCCAAAGCCGGCCGGUGUGUCAUCAGUCACGGAGAGCUAGCAAGGUGGCAGCAAACUGGGGUCCAAGCGGGAGCGGUUCGUGGGACACACCAGAAAUCUGACGAGCCACACAUCGCGUAGGGUCGCCGCUGGCCACACAAGCGUCCCACACAGGUAAACCCUACCGAUGUAGUUAGCUUUUAGCUUUUUAGCUAACGGGUGACCAUGCCGUAAGCAGCACAAAGCUAAAGGCAGUUAAACUACCGUAUUUUCACGACCAUAAUGCGACCAUAAUUCACAAUAUGCGGACCCAUUUCAACAUUAAAAAACCAAAACUUAUUUUCAUUUUUCCCGGAAUUUAAAGUUAUGUGAUGCAAUGAGCCGACCAUGACUGGUGUUCUGAAAAUGUAUUCAAAAUGACUCGAAAUGUAGAACCGUUUAUUUUCUUCCUUUUUGGCACGAUUUUCUGUUUUGUAUUCCUGUAGCAAAUGACAAAGCAUUUGGGCAGGGCUCUCCACUGGUGCGACCAACAGAAAAGCACCAGCACAUGAUUUGGUUGCACCAUUUUUUUGAGGAGGUCCAGCAUGACCAUGGGAAAGUAAAGCUUGACAGUGACUCGAGAUAUGAUAUUUGCAAAAUAUUUGAUCAUGAACAGGAUGUUUAUCCGCAAACAAGCAGUGGCAGACAAAACAGAAGAAGAAGAAGAAUCAUCUUUUAUUGUCAUGAACAUGCAUGCAUGCACACGUGAACACACACACACACGUUAGUGGAACACACUGGAGCAGGGGGCAGCCGAAGCGCCCGGAGAUCAUUUUUGGGGUGUCAGUGUCUUGCUCAAGGACACCACAGCCGUGAGUCCGGGGGAUGUUGGCGGAUGAUCCAGUCGGGGUCUUGAACCUAGGUCCACCACGGUGGCAAGCGAUGAUAUUAUAUGUACCACCACCAGAUAAAAAUACCACUUAUGAUUAUUCACACUAUUUUUCAAAUUAAUUUACCUAUUUGAAAUCAUAGUCCCAAACAGAACAUGGCUAAAUGAUUACGACUACAAUUAUUGCACAUUAUUUUAAUGAUAGUUUGUUUUCCUAUACAAUCCUCUUUCAAGGAGUCCAGGCUUGUUAACUUUGCAUAUAUUGUAUAAGGGGUCUUCAAAGACCCCUUAUGAAGAAGACAAAUUAUGGACUCAGGUUUCCCUUGCCCGGACGCGGGUCACCGGGGCCCCCCUCUGGAGCCAUGCCUGGCGGUGGGGCUCGAAGGCGAGUGCCCGGCGGCCGGGCCUGCACCAUUGGGGCCCGGCCGGGCACAGCCCGAAAGGGUCACGUAGGUCCCCCUUCCCAUGGGCUCACCACCUGUGGGAGGGGCCAUAGGGGUCGGGCGCAAUGCGAGCUUGGCGGUGGCCGAAGGCGGGGACCUUGGCGAUCCGAUCCCCGGCUGCAGAAGCUGACUCUCGGGACGUGGAAUGUCACCUCUCAGGCAGGGAAGGAGCCCGAGCUGGUGUGUGAGUUCGAGAAGUUCCGACUAGAUAUAGUCGGACUCGCCUCCACGUACAGCUUGGGCUCUGGUACCAGUCCUCUCGAGAGGGGUUGGACUCUCUUCCACUCUGGAGUUGCCCACGGUGAGAGGCGCCGAGCAGGUGUGGCUAUACUUAUUUCCCCCCCCCGGCUCGGCGCCUGUACGUUGGGGUUCACCCCGGUGGACGAGAGGGUAGCCUCCCUCCUCCUUCGGGUGGGGGCACGGGUCCUGACUGUUGUUUGUGCCUAUGCACCAAACAGCAGUUCAGAGUACCCACCCUUUUUGGAGUCCUUGGAGUGGGUGCUGGAGAGCGCUCCCGCUAGGGACUCUAUUGUUCUGCCGGGGGACUUCAAUACUCACAGUGAGACCUAAAAGGGCGUGAUUGGGAGGAACGGCCCCCCCGAUCAGAACCCGAGCGGUGUUCUGUUAUUGGACUUCUGUGCUCGUCACGGCUUGUCCAUAACGAACACCAUGUUCAAGCAUAAGGGUGUCCACACGUGCACUUGGCACCAGGACACCCUAGGUCGCAGUUCGAUGAUCGACUUUGCGGUCGUGUCAUCGGACUUGCGGCCGCAUGUCUUGGACGCUCGGGUGAAGAGAGGGGCGGAGCGGUCAACUGAUCACCACCUGGUGGUGAGUUGGCUCCGAUAGUGAGGGAAGAUGCCGGUCCGAUGUGGCGGGCCCAAACGUAUUGUGAGGGUCUGCUGGGAACGUCUGGCGGAAUCCCCUGUCAGAAGGAGUUUCAACUCCCACCUCCGAAAGAACUUUGCUCAUGUUCCGGGGGAGGCGGGGGACAUCGAGUCCGAGUGGACCAUGUUCUGCGUCUCCAUUGCUGAGGCGGCCGACCGGAGCUGUGCCCGUAACGUGGUUGGUGCCUGUCGUGGCGGCAAUCCCCGAACCCGUUGGUGGACACCAAUGGUGAGGGAUGCCGUCAAACUGAAGAAGGAGUCCUAUCGGGCCUUUUUUUUUUUUUUUUUUUUUAAAAAGCUUCUCGGUGGCAGGGCCCCGGUGGUGUCAGGGUGGAUGAGAGUCGCCCGGAGUUCCUCAAGGCUCUGGAUGUUGUAGGGCUGUCCUGGUUGACACGCCUCUGCAACAUUGCGUGGACAUCGGGGACAGUCCCUCUGGAUUAGCAGACUGGGGUGGUGGGUGUGUUCCAACUACAGGGGAUCACACUCCUCAGCCUCCCUGGUAAGGUCUAGUGUGGUUUUCGUCCUGGCCGUGUAACAGUGGACCAGCUCUACACUCUUACCAGGGUCCUCGAGGGUGCGUGGGAGUUCGCCCAACCAGUCUACAUGUGUUUUGUGGACUUGGAGAAGGCGUUCGACCAUGUCCCUCGGGGUGUCCUGUGGGGGGUGCUUCGGGAGUAUGGGGUACCGAACCCCCUGAUAAGGGGUGUUCGGUCCCUGUACGACCGGAGUCAGAGUUUGGUCCGCAUAUCCGGCAGUAAGUCGUACUCGUUUCCGGUGAGGGUUGGACUUCGCCAAGGCUGCCCUUUGUCACCGAUUCUGUUCAUAACUUUUAUGGACAGAAUUCCUAGGCUCAGCCGAGGCGUAGAGGGGGUCCGGUUUGGUGGCCUCAGUAUUGCAUCUCUGCUUUUUGCAGAUGAUGUGGUUCUGUUGGCUUCAUCAAGCCGUGACCUCCAACUCUCACUGGAGCAGUUCGCAGUUGAGUGUGAAGCGGUUGGGAUGAGAAUCAGCACCUCCAAAUCUGAGACCGUGGUCCUCAGUCGGAAAAGGGUGGCGUGCAGGGAUGAGAUCAUGCCCCAAGUGGAGGAGUUCAAGUAUCUUGGGGUCUUGUUCACGAG